AUGUCAUCUAUUAUAAGAGAAUCGAAUGAAGAAUUUGAGGACCAGUUUCGUCUUCAGCAAGAAGCUGCUAAGAGGCAAAAGUUAGCUGAAGAUCAAAGUAAAAAAACUCGUGUUGACGACGAUGGCACAGUGAUGGAAUGGGACGAAAAUAAACGAGCAUGGUUUCCGAAGAUUGACGAUGAUUUCAUCGCGUCAUAUCAAAUGAGCUUUGGUGUCCAACAAGAAAGCGAGCAGGAUUCUGCCCAUACAGCCUGGCGCAACUUUGCUGCCCAAAUCGAACGACUCAAAGCUGAGAAGGGAGAGGAAGAUGAAGAGGUCAAGAAGGGCCAGGCCUCGCUAGAUGAAUAUUAUCGGUCCCCGGCCUACCGAGUUUGGUAUGAUGAUUACCAAAAACGCUUGGAGGAACACAAGCGCGUGGAACAGCCACCUGCUGCAAGGAAGAAAAAUGCUCAACCCGUGGAGGUGUCAGCCGAUGAAGCACUGGAACGCGCUGAAGAGGAACAGAGAAUGGGUGUGCCGAUCUCCAAACCGGAGGAACCUGGCGAGCCAACUGAGGGGGGACAAGAGAAACCCGCUGAGAAUCCAUGUAAAAAGAGGAAGAAGAAAGGCCCGCCUGAGUGGUAUGAGAUAACAGAUGACAAGAACACUCACGUUUACGUCUCCGGUCUUCCCCCGACCAUCACAGAGGCCGAAUUUACAGAACUCAUGUCCAAAUGCGGAAUAAUUAUGAAUGAUCCGUUGACAGAUCGGAUGCGGAUCAAGCUCUACAGAGACGAGAAGGGGAAGCCAAAAGGCGAUGGCAGGUGUUGCUACAUAAAGAUUGAAUCAGUCGACCUGGCGUUGCAGAUUUUGGAUGGACUGCAUUACGAGCCUGGCUACGUGCUGCACGUGGAGCGCGCGAAGUUUCAACCAAAGAAGGACUUUGACUACACCAAGCACCGCCGACUAACGGCGAAGGAGAAGAAAAAGUUCAAACAAAAGCAGGAAAACCUCUUCAAGUGGAAGCCGGACUCAAACAAGCUCAUUCGUGGCAAGAAAGAGCGCGUUAUUAUCCUCCGCAGUGUGUUCGAUGAAGCUGAUCUGGGCCUCGAUGUCAGCCUCAUUCCAGAGAUCAGAGAGCGCGUGCGAACACAAUGCGCCAAGGUUGGAGUCGUGAAAAAGAUCGUUGUCUACGACACCAAUCCCGAGGGCGUCGUCUCAGUGACCUUCAGCACACCGGAGGAGGCCGACGUGGCCUUGACCUUCCUUGAUAAGGCUCUUUUCACUUACCCUGCCCCCUGUACAGACCCCCAGGGGGGUCAGCGAACGCGUCAGCUAGAUGUCUCUCGGUGGGAUGGUAAGGAGCGUUUCGAUAAGCAGGAGAACGUCGAGGAGGAGAAGGAGAGACUGGAUCGGUGGAAUAAAUUCCUCGGCGACGACUCCGAUUCCGACACUGCGGAAGCCCAUGCCGAGGCCGUCGCACCAACUGACACCGACGACGAGCUGGAAGCACGUGGUGGUGAGGAGGAUUCUGGUGCUGAAACGGAGUAG